AUGCCUUGUCUUUUAUUAGUUGAUAUACCUAUUAUAGAUAAUGCUACUUUAGCUGCGGAAGAAAAGGAAAAAGGAAAUAUCGCUUUUAGAAAAAAUGAUUUCGAUGAAGCUUUAGAGCACUAUAAUAAAGCAAUUAAGCUUGUUCCUUCUAAUAUUAUCUUUUAUAUUAACAGAGCAGCCACUUACUACAAUUUGGAGGAAUAUAAAAGAAGUAUCAAAGAUGCCGAAUAUGCCUUAGAGUUGGGAUCGAAACAAGAUGCUGAUACAAAGUUAAUAGCUCGUACAUAUUCUCGCCUGGGCUACUCGUAUAAAAAAUUGAAUCAACUUAGUUUGGCAAUUACCUACUUUAAUUCAUCGUUAAAGUUACGUGAUAGUACAAAGAUAAGGAAAGAGUGUUUAGAUGCAGAAUCGCAACUAAUCAAGCAAAAAGCUGCAGACCUUAAAGAAAAGGAGUUGCGGCUAUUAAAUGAAAAGAAAAGAAAUGAAAGCACAGGAAAGGUAUGA